UCCUGCGAUUGGCUGAGCGUUCCGUCGCUCUGGGGCGCGUCAGGGAGGUGUGUGUGGCGCAGGAGGAUUUUCCUGUUGUCGUCUCCACUAACUAGGAGCAUCAUGGCGGAGUCUGCAGGACGUGACGGUGGUGGCACCGCUGCUGCAGGCAGCAUAGGAGGCGACGUGGAGGAUUUAGGAGACACAGCAGCCGUGAUGGAUUCGGUGGAUAGUGAUGAUGAGGAGGAUGUGUUCGAGGUGGAGAGCAUCCUGGAUUCCAAGCUGGAAGGGGGGGAAGUGCUGUACCGUGUGCGAUGGAAGGGAUAUGAUUCUGAAGGAGAUACCUGGGAGCCAGAGGCCCAUCUCGACGACUGUAAAGAGGUUCUACUUGGAUUCAAGCGAAAACAAGCGGAAAUUAAGCAGAAACAAGCUAAGAAGGAGCCACCGCCAAAGUUGUCCCCCAGUGAUCUUUUUGAGGCAGAAUCUGACAGUGAUGCAGGAGAUGAGUCACCCCAAAGAAAGAAGAAGAAGCUUAGAGAGGAAGAAGAGAUGUUACAGGAGGACUUGAGAAAGAAGAAAUUAAAAUCCGUAAAAUCCAAGGAAAAAUCGAAGGGCGAGGGAGAACAGCCGGAAGGCCAGCUUUCUGACUCCAAGCCAAAGAAACGACUGUCCGAAAGCAAGGAGGACCUUAGUGGCAAGAAGCCAAAAAAGGAUGACUCUAAGGAAUUAAAGAAACACAAGAAAGAUGACUUUAAGGACAGUAAAUCGAAGGGUAAAGAAGAAUUUAGAGAGAAAAAACACAAAAAAGCGUCAGAACCAGAGAAGUUGAGUAAGGAUGGAUCAGUGUCUCAAGAACCUGAGGCUGAAGCGGUUAGCACAAGCAGUGACCUCUUGCCAGAUGAGAAAGAGAAGUCUGGUCCAGAUGAGGACAUCAGUAGCCGGGAGCCGGUUCCCGACCCUCCAGAGGAACCGGCUUCUGGGGGGCCUGUCGAUGAGGAGUCUGAGGAAAUUAGAUUGAAAAAAAAGAAAAAGAAACACAAGAAAAAAAACGAAAGAGACAAUGACGUGAAAGCUGCACCCAGUGUACUGCCUCCGGAGAAAAAAAACCUCCAGAAAAAGCAAAAACAUUUUGAAAAGGUGAAAGAGCCGCCUGUUGUGGAAAAGCUGCCAGCUCCUGUUCAGAAAAGCUCAAGGCCGAGUGGUGAAGACAGGGUUGUUAAAUCUGUGGACUCCUUCGCAGAGAAUAAAGAUACCAGAAAACUUGAGCCCCCGAAGGACAAGCUGAAGAAAAAAGAUUUUGAUAAAGAUACUAAAAAGGAGACAAAGGUGCUAAAAACACCCAAGGAUCAGAAAGCUGUGUAUGAUGCUUUCACCGUAUGUCCUGAAGACUGGCAGGAAUGUAACGAGCCCACCAAGAAGAAGGAAGAAACAGCCUUUGAGUAUAGAGUUCCAGAAGAAUAUAAACCUAAAGAUCUGAAACCAGCGCUGAAAGAAAGAAGAAGCACACAAGAAGAGACUGAAUCAUGGACGUUUGGUGCAUCAGAGGGGGAUCAGGAGGUUAUGGACACUGUGUGUCAUUUGCAGGAGAACUCUGGCGUUCUUGACAGCAAGUCCCAGAUUGUGGGCGUGGGGAUGGACUUACAAUUGGAAUGGAUGACUCUGGAGGAUUUCCAGAGGCACCUCGAUGGGUCGGAUGAAAUGAUCCCAAAGGAACCAAUCUCAAAUAGUAAGUUUUGCCCAUUGUAUGAAGCAGUGAAAAAUGGGGACUAUUUAACGGUAAAAUAUGCACUUGCUUCCAAAGAAGAGUACAACCUAGACCAAGAGGACUCGAGUGGGAUGACUUUAGUAAUGAUGGCUGCGGCUGCAGGACAGGACGACAUUCUCCGAAUUUUACUAAAGAAAGGGGCCAAGGUCAAUGCCAGGCAGAAAAAUGGGACCACAGCACUAAUUCACGCUGCUGAAAAAAAUUAUCUGACGACAGUGGCUCUCCUCUUGGAUGCUGGUGCCUUUUGUGAAUUCACAGCAGGCUUCAGAGAGACCGCACUGAUGAAGGCCUGUAAAAGAGGAAAUUAUGAUAUUAUGCGACUCUUAAUAGAAUAUGGUGCCGACUGCAAUGUGCUGUCCAAGCACCAGGGCAGUGCUUUACAGUUUGCUAAGCAAAGCAAUAAUUUGCAGUUAGUUGAGUUACUUAAUGGACAUCUGGAAAAGCUCUCCAGAGUGGUAGAAGAUGCCAUAAAGGAUUAUUUUGAGAACCGCCUUGUGCUGCUGGAACCCAUUUUCCCAAUCGUCUGUCACAGGCUGUGUGAGGGACCAGACUUUUCUUUAGACUUCAAUUACAAGACUCCAUAUAAUAUACCUGAAGAAUCUGGAAUUCUUCUAUUUGUUUUUCAUGCAAACUUCUUUGGUAAGGAGGUGGUGGUCCGGCUCUGUGGGCCCUGCAGCGUGCAGGCUGUGGUGUUGAAUGACAAAUUCCAGCUUCCAGUGUUUUUGGAUGCUCACUUUAUUUAUUCCUUCAGCCCUGUAUCUGGCGCUAACAAACUGUUUAUUAGACUAUCAGAGGUACCCACUGCAAAGGUGAAGCUGCUUGUUUGUGCAUACAGAGUCCAUCUGCACUAAGUGACGAUCCGAUCCGUUGGACCUCUUGUUCCAUUUCCGAUUCAGAGGCUCCUUUUUGUACAUAAUGUUAAAAAGAGAUGGAUAUGCCUGGACAGUCCACCAGUGUUUUUAUUAGAAGUCACAUGGACAGUAGCUUUUUAUGUGACCAGUCAUUCCUGUCAUUCUUUUUUUGUUCUGCAAGGAUUUACAUUAUUUUUGCUGUUGAUUUAUUUAGUGUGCUGUUAUGGAGCUUAGUGUCACAGAAAUGUUGGUUUCCCAUUGAAGUGAUCAUCUUGUAUGUGAUGUCUUUCUUUUCCUCAGUCUCUCUUAACGAUGGGCUACACAUCGUUCCAUCUUUGUUCAACGCGGUUUCUGUCUCCUUCAUACUAUCCAUUUCCCAAUGGAUGAGUUGUGUGUGUCUUCCAUCAUCUGCCCUGAUCAGAUUCUCCAUACACAGGAAUUUGAUGAUAGUCUUCUAUAAAACUUUGCCCAGAAAAAAAACCUUCUAGACCCAAGAUGGAAUUAGAUCGCUCCUUAAGAGCCCAGGACUAUGCAGAUACCUACGUCAGUACAUUAUAUACAUGGAGAUGGAUAUUUACACGUUUCAGUUGUACGAGUGGAAAGGACACAAGUAGACAAGGAUUCUCAUUGUCAUCAUUUAAUGUCAAACAGAACCUAAAAAUUUUUUUCCACAAUGUGGAAUAAUAGCAUAUUGUGUCUUGAUUUUGCUGCUUGCUACCUAAUACAUAUGGUAAUAUUUAAUGUUAAUUCAAACUAAACCAUUAUUGUUCGUUAAGUGAUGAAUAAUCACGGUCUUUCUGAUAGUAACAAAAUGAGGUUUCAUCUCUCUGCCCUUAGGAAGUCUGACACAGUCAUCUGCCCGUGACAGAGAUUUUUGCUACAUACAUACUGUAAAUAAAUGGCAUUUGUUGCUCCUGUGUCACUGAGCACUGGCUGUCCAUUAUAUUUCUCUGGAUUAAUCUGCCACAGACUAGAAAGUCAUAUGACCCAUAUGAAAUUUGGAAUAUGUAAACAUGGUGUGUCAUUACCCCCUUCCCUUCCUCUCCCUCCCCUUUUGCUCAGAGGUUGCACAGAAUUUUAAAGUUUUUAUCUCCACAAAAUGAAAUAUAAUAGUUGAGAUUACUACGUGGAUCAGGGUUUGCCCAGGUGACUUUAGUGAAUAUCAAUAGUAUAUAUUUUUGUAUAAUAGGAUGUGGCUUACCAAAUCUGUUUCGGUACAGUGCUUUCAAAAGACCUGUAAGAAUGCAUGGAGUAAUAUACUAUAAAUCUUCUAAAUUAAAAUGAGAAAUAGUUAA